UGUAAGUUCUUUAGCAAGGAGUUCGACCUUUCGUCAGGACGUCUUUGUUGUUAGCUCCCUUAGAUUUCCCUUACCCUGUGAUCAAUUCCUCUAUCAAGGCAGUUUCUCGCUUUCUUUAUUGAACAAAAUGUCUAACCAAGACACGUAUAACGACGAUCUUUAUGUGUUAAAAAGAAAUGGAGAUUCUGAGCGUGUCUAUUUAGACAAAAUUACCUCCAGGAUCAGUAAACUAUGUUAUGGCUUGAAGAACGAGUUCGUUAAACCUAUCAAUAUCACCAUGAAAGUGAUCUCUGGUAUCUACCAAGGUGUCAAAACUACUGAACUUGACACUCUUGCAGCUGAGACAGCAGCAUCCAUGACAACUAAACACCCAGAUUAUGCUAUACUUGCCGCUCGUAUUGAGGUGUCUAACCUCCACAAAGAAACCAAGAAGGUCUUCAGUGAGGUAAUGGAGGAACUGUAUAACUACGUCAACCCGAAGAACAAUAAGCACUCUCCUCUGAUAUCCAAGGAAACACUAGACAUUAUCCAAAAACAUGCAGAUAGGUUGAAUUCAGCCAUCAUUUAUGAUAGAGACUACCAAUACAAUUAUUUUGGAUUUAAGACCUUGAUGAGAUCAUACCUACUAAAGAUCAAUGGCAAGGUAGCAGAGAGACCACAGCACAUGCUAAUGCGAGUGAGUGUGGGAAUCCACGGUGAAGACAUUGAUGCUGCUAUUGAGACUUACAACCUGAUGUCUGAAAAGUGGUUCACCCAUGCAUCACCAACCCUGUUUAACGCAGGCACAAACCGACCACAAAUGUCCAGUUGCUUUCUUCUUACAAUGUCUGAUGAUAGUAUUGAAGGAAUCUAUGGAACUCUAAGGACUUGUGCACUUAUUUCUAAAAAUGCUGGAGGAAUUGGUGUUAAUGUCCACUGCAUAAGAGCUGCUGGCAGCUACAUUGCUGGGACAAAUGGCCACUCUAAUGGCCUGGUGCCAAUGCUUCGAGUGUAUGACAGCACUGCGCGAUAUGUGGACCAAGGAGGCAAUAAAAGGCCUGGAGCUUUUGCAAUUUACCUAGAGCCAUGGCAUGCAGACAUUUUGGAAUUCCUUGACCUGAAGAAAAAUACAGGGAAGGAAGAGCAACGUGCUCGUGAUCUCUUCUAUGCCCUAUGGAUUCCUGAUCUUUUUAUGAAAAGAGUAGAGGCUGAUGGGAUGUGGUCCCUUAUGUGCCCCAACCAGUGUCCUGGCCUCCAAGACUGUUAUGGGGAAAAGUUUGAGAAGCUUUAUGAAAAGUAUGAGUCACAAGGCAAGUACAUGCGUCAAAUUAAGGCCCAGAAGCUGUGGUUUGCCAUCCUUGAGUCACAGACUGAGACUGGCACGCCUUACAUGCUGUACAAAGAUGCUUGUAAUAGCAAGAGCAACCAGAAGAACCUCGGCACUAUCAAGUGUAGUAACCUAUGUACAGAGAUCGUAGAGUACAGUGCUCCAGACGAGGUUGCGGUGUGCAAUUUGGCAUCCAUUGCUCUGAACAGAUUUGUGAAUGUUGACAAAAGCCCACCAGAGUUCAACUUUCAGAAACUUUUUGAAGUCACACAGGUUGUCACAAAGAAUCUGAACAAGAUUAUUGAUGUCAACUACUACCCCGUCCCAGAGGCAAGGAAAUCAAACUUCCGUCACCGCCCCAUUGGUAUCGGAGUUCAGGGUUUGGCUGAUGCAUUUAUACUGAUGAGAUACCCCUUUGAAAGUCAAAAGGCACAAGAACUCAACAAACUCAUCUUUGAGACCAUCUACUAUGGCGCUGUCACGGCUUCAUGCGACCUGGCAGCUACCAAUGGUCCUUAUGAGACCUACGAGGGCUCUCCCGCCAGCCAAGGGUUAUUGCAGUACGAUCUCUGGAAUGUCACUCCCUCAAACCUGUGGGACUGGGAGGCGCUGAAGAAGAAGGUCAAGGAACAUGGCCUCCGCAACAGUCUACUGAUUGCGCCCAUGCCCACGGCGUCCACUGCUCAGAUACUUGGCAAUAACGAAUCUAUUGAGCCAUACACUAGUAAUAUCUACUCUAGACGCGUGCUGUCAGGAGAGUUCCAGAUUGUCAAUCAUCAUCUUCUCAAAGACUUGACAGAGAUGGGUCUGUGGAACGAUGGCAUGAAGAACCAACUGAUUGCAAACAAUGGCUCUAUACAGGACAUCAAGGAAAUCCCGGCUGACCUUAAAGCUUUGUACAAGACAGUCUGGGAGAUUAAGCAGCGCGUCUUGAUUGACAUGGCCGCAGACAGAGGUGCUUUUAUCGACCAGAGCCAGUCUUUUAACGUGUUCAUCGCCCAACCUACUUUCUCCAAGCUCACAAGUAUGCAUUUCUACGGCUGGAAAAAGGGACUCAAGACUGGCAUGUAUUAUCUACGUUCUCGACCUGCCGUAAAUGCCAUUCAGUUCACUGUCGAUCAAACAGCCCUGGCCAAGAAAAAGGCAUCCGACUCGAGCCCGACAUCAAACGAGGAGAAGCCGAAGAAGGACGAAGACGCCGCGGCCGCUUGCCGAAGAGAUAACCCCGACGGCUGUCUCAUGUGCAGCGGAUAGAAAAGCAAUGUGUUUCACAGGGGCGUGGCCAAGAAUGCAUGAUUGACGGAAACGAGGUGGAAACACUUCAACGGUGCCAUGUUAUCCGCAUAGUGAAUUAUGGUAAAAUCUAGCCGUACAAUGUCACGGAUUCUAUAGAUAUGAAUUCUGCUCCGUGCUCUUCGACAUGAUCAUCUCACGAGGACGGCUUGUUUCUCAGAUGGUUAAUAAGGCACAUGUUAUCCGCAUAGUGAAUUAUAGUAAAAUCUAGUCGUACAAUGCCACGGAUUCUAUAGAUAUGAAUUCUGCUCCGUGCUCUUCGACAUUAUCAUCUCACGAGGACGGCUUGUUUCUCAGAUGGUUAAUAAGGCACAUGUUAUCCGCAUAGUGAAUUAUAGUGAAAUCUAGUCGUACAAUGCCACGGAUUCUAUAGAUAUGAAUUCUGCUCCGUGCUCUUAGACAUGAUCAUCUCACGGGGACGGCUUGUUUCUCAGAUGGUUAAUAAGGCACUUUUGUAAAUACGCAUACUUUAUUAUUGACGUAUCCAAAAUGACUUUGCGAAUGACAAAUAUUCCACAUUUGUAAUAACAUUUGAUGGAGGUCUGUUUGUAAAUUCUGUAUGCCGACUGAUAUUGGUGUUUAUAUUUGAGACGUAAUUUAUGCUUGCCAGUUGUUAUUCUUAUUAGUUAAUUUCCGUCAUCAAUCAGAUGUCGACUUGUAAAUAAAUACAAUUGGUACAUGGGUUCUUUUCGGACGGAAGACUAUUAUUUGUUACAAUGGGUAGUGUCCAAAUGUCUUAGAUUUGUGAACUUUAGCCGAUUUUAUUUCUUUAUUUUUCAAAACUUAACAUGCUAACAUUAAUAACUUGAAAUCGAACAGAGUUCCUAGAUUUAAAAAGUAUAACAUUUUUCUUUUUUAAAGCAUGCAUAAAUACGAAUUAUUUUUAAAGAAACGGUACCACUCGUUACAAUCGGCAAUGUUUCUAGCCUAUAAACCCCGUUACGUCAUGUUGUUUUUAGCUAGGGUGUUGAACCUGAAUAAAAAAAGGAGAUGCCUUACUUUCCGCCCCCACCCUCUAUGUCAAUAUCUAUCUCGCCCUUGUCUUGCAAGGGAUAGAGAUGAAGGGAUAACUCGAGAACAUUCGAGGGGAAAUCCUAUUCCCAGUAAAUCUGAAGUACUUUCAACUCGUCCUAGUGGUUGAUUUGCCUUGUCACGGGUAAUCCUCCACUUCCAAGCCAUUUGAGUGGUUUAGUGACGGCAUGGCAGAACGUGAUUGUAGUGUCGGAAGCAUCUCACAGCUGAAAGUAGAUUCGAGCAAUGCAUUCUUAAAGAACAGCGGGCACUAAUCAUGUCAAACCGAAGCCGAACACGAAAAUAACAUCUAAGCAAAGUGUAGAUAGCCGAAACCAUCUAACAAAGUGUUGACAAAACCAGCAAUGUGUAGAAGAAUUUAAAGGAGCUUUUUUCUGGUAUUAGUGGUCAUCUGUUACGUUUUGCCAGGUGGGGGGGGGGGGUUGAGGAUCGACGGUUUUGGUGAUACCGUAUUGGGUUUAGAUAUCAUACGUGUUACGGUUUUGAAAUCGAAUGAAUUUAACCGCUUCAAAGUCGUGGCGGAAAGAUUCUAGUUCAUGUUGUGUUUGUACUUUGUGAUUUUAAAUAAAAACUCUUUUUCCCAUGUCAA